AUGGCUUUCUGGCUCACAAAGAACAGACAGGAACAGGCCCGGGUCUGCGAUCCGGAAGCAAACCCGUUUGCUGUCUUCGAAGGAGCCGGCCUCGAGAUCGGCAACAGACGUAUCCUGUCCGAUCUGACACUUUCAUUGAAGGAAGACCGGAUCGGGGUGAUCGGAUUGAACGGAUCCGGCAAGAGCACGUUUGUACGCAUGCUGAACGGCCUGCGACUGCCGGACCAUGGAUCGCUGAGGCUGUUCGGCGCGGAGGCAGAAAAAGCUGCUCCUGAAUUGCCCCGCCAUGUCGGAUUUGUCUUCCAGAACCCGGAUCAUCAGGCCAUUUUCCCUACGGUCGAAGAAGAAAUCGCGUUCGGCCUGACCCAGUUGGGCGCAGACAAGCGGGAAAGCCGCGAACGCGCUCUGGCGUUCCUGCAGGCGCAUGGCUGCGAAGCAUUGGCAGCAUCACCGAUUGCCGAAUUGUCCGAGGGGCAGAAACAACUGGUCUGCAUAUUGUCCGUGCUCGUCAUGGAACCGCGUUUGCUGGUGUUGGACGAACCAAUGACCAGUCUGGAUGCACUGGCCUCCCGCAGGAUACGCGACAAGAUCCUGUCAUUGCCGCAGAAAAUCGUGAUGGUGAGCCAUGAUCUUGGCCAUUUCGAGGGUUUCGACCGAAUCUUGUGGCUCGAAGAAGGCCGGCUGCGAAUGGACGGAUCUCCUUUUGAGGUCCUGAGGGCAUUUGAGGCGGACAUCUCGCGCAGAUCGGGUGUCAAACUGGAGCUGGCGGCGUUGUGA